AUGAGUGGCUAUCCGUAUGGAAAUCCAGGCGGUGGUUAUCCACCCCAAUAUGGUUCAGGUAAUACUGGUUAUCCGAACUAUCCACCAAAUAGUGGUUUUCAAUCACAACCACCAAUGCCUUCAUAUAAUGAUAAUCAAUCAUGUGCAUCUCUCUAUGGUACACCAGCUCCUAUGCCAAAUAAUAUUAAUUAUCCAUCAGGACCCUAUGAUUCUUAUGGUGGAAAUCAGAUGCCAAAUGCACCUUAUAGUAUGGGUGGUGGUAGCAACUAUCCACCACCACCAGCAGUUGGAGGACAACCGCCGCCACCUAUGUACAAUCAACCUCCACAACAGUUUGCAGGUUAUGGAAAUCCACAAUAUCAACAACCUCCACAACAAUACGGAGGAUUUGACAAUUCACAAUAUCAAACACCUUAUCCUCCACAACCUCCACAACCUCCAAUGCCUUCGUCUGGUGGAAUGUAUCCAAACGUACCAGGGCCAACAAGUUAUGGUGGAGGAGUACCACCUUCUUCAUAUCAACAAUCAGGAUUCUAUCCACAAGAACAACAAUCAAUUCUACUUGCUAGUUUAGAACAAUAUCAAGGCACAGUUUUUCCAAUACCAAAUUUUAAUGCUGAAGCUGACUGUCAUGCACUUAGUAAUGCUAUGAAAGGAGCAGGUACAAAUGAACGUGCAUUGAUCGAUAUUAUUGCCAAUCGAUCAAAUUUUCAACGUCAACAAAUAAAACUUCAUUAUAAAACAAUGUUUGGUGUUGACUUAGUUAAACAAAUUGGUGGUGAAUUAAGUGGUCAUUUUAAAGAAACUAUUACUGCUUUAUUUGAUGCACCUGCAAAUUAUGAAGCAUGGUCAUUACAUGAAGCUUUUGGCUUAGGAAAAGAAGGAACUUUACGAGAAAUUUUACUUACAAGAACUAAUAGUGAAAUUCGUGCUAUUGUUGAUGCAUACAAACGAAUGUACAAUAAAGAUCUUGAACAUGACAUUAGUCAUCGUGUACGAGGAACAGACUUUAAACGUCUGCUUGUUUCUGCUGUACAGGGUAAUCGUGAAGAAUUAAAUCCACAACAAAUUCAACAAGCUCGUCAGGCCGGUAUUGAAAGUGUAAUUGAUCGUAAUCGUGCUCGUCAAGAUGCUGAUGAUUUAUAUAAAGCUGGUGCUGGUAAAUGGGGUACAGAUGAAAAAACAUUUAAUGCUAUAUUUUCUCGACGUAGUUAUUAUCAACUUCGUGCUACAUUUGAAGAAUAUCAAAGAAAACAUGGAAAAGAUAUUGCACAAGUCAUACGAUCAGAAUUUUCUGGUGAUACACAAGAUGCUUAUCUUGUUUUAAUAUCAUGUAUACGUGAUCGACCAACAUUUUUUGCUGAACGUUUACAUAAAGCAAUAGCUGGCUUAGGUACAAGAGAUUCAACACUUAUUCGUGUUAUUGUUUCUCGUUCAGAAAUUGAUCUUGCACAAAUUAAACAACGAUAUCAACAAUUGCAUAAUCGUCCAUUAGCUCAAGCUGUUGGAGGUGAUACAUCAGGAGAUUAUAAAAGAAUUCUUUUAGCAAUUAUAAAAUGA